AUGGGGACCCUGUCUUGGAAGUCCCUGCGGGCAACCUUUCCAGUUGAAGACCUAGGCUUGCAAUUACUUUUUAGUGUGAAGUGCAGUUCUUGGCAUCAUUCUCACGCGUGUAAGAAUUUUACCCACUCUGCGUCACUGCCUACAUAUGCGGUAUCGGGAAAGCUCAAUGCUGAGUGUGACAGUCUCAUCUCUGGUGUAUCAAGGAGCCUGGAGCGAAUUGCUCGGGAUUCAUCUUACGAACAGGAAGGAAAGGUCCAAUUUGUAAUUGAUGCUGUGUAUUCCAUGGCUUAUGCCCUGCACAAUAUGCACAAAGAUCUCUGCCCUGGAUACGUUGGCCUUUGCCCACGAAUGAGUACCAUUGAUGGGAAAGAACUACUCGGUUAUAUUCGGGCUGUAAAUUUUAAUGGUAGUGCUGGGACACCGGUCACUUUUAAUGAAAAUGGAGACGCUCCUGGUCGUUAUGAUAUCUUCCAGUAUCAAAUAACCAACAAAAGUACAGAAUACAAAAUCAUUGGGCACUGGACCAAUCAGCUUCAUCUAAAAGUGGAAGACAUGCAGUGGGCCAAUAGAGAACAUACUCACCCGGCGUCUGUCUGCAGCCUGCCCUGUAAGCCCGGGGAGAGGAAGAAAACGGUGAAAGGAGUUCCUUGCUGCUGGCACUGCGAGCGCUGUGAAGGUUACAACUACCAGGUGGAUGAGCUCUCCUGUGAACUCUGCCCUUUGGAUCAGAGACCAAACAUCAACCGUACAGGCUGUCAGCUCAUCCCCAUCAUCAAACUGGAGUGGCAUUCCCCCUGGGCUGUGGUGCCUGUGUUCGUUGCCAUAUUGGGAAUCAUCGCCACCACCUUUGUGAUCGUGACCUUUGUCCGCUAUAACGACACACCUAUUGUGAGGGCUUCGGGACGUGAACUUAGUUACGUGCUCCUAACGGGGAUUUUUCUCUGUUAUUCAAUCACCUUUUUAAUGAUUGCAGCACCAGAUACAAUCAUCUGCUCCUUCCGACGGAUCUUCCUAGGACUCGGCAUGUGUUUCAGCUAUGCAGCCCUUCUUACCAAAACAAACCGAAUCCACCGAAUAUUUGAGCAGGGGAAGAAAUCUGUCACAGCACCCAAGUUUAUCAGUCCAGCAUCCCAGCUGGUGAUCACCUUCAGCCUGAUCUCCAUCCAGCUCCUGGGAGUGUGUGUCUGGUUUGUUGUGGACCCACCGCACAUCAUCAUUGACUAUGGAGAACAGCGGACUCUAGACCCGGAGAACGCCAGGGGAGUGCUCAAGUGUGACAUCUCUGAUCUCUCGCUCAUUUGUUCACUAGGGUACAGUAUCCUCUUGAUGGUAACUUGUACUGUUUAUGCCAUUAAAACAAGAGGAGUUCCAGAGACUUUCAAUGAAGCCAAACCUAUCGGAUUUACCAUGUAUACCACCUGCAUCAUUUGGUUAGCUUUCAUCCCCAUCUUUUUUGGUACAGCCCAGUCAGCAGAAAAGAUGUACAUCCAGACAACAACACUUACUGUCUCCAUGAGUUUAAGUGCUUCGGUGUCUCUGGGCAUGCUCUACAUGCCCAAGGUUUAUAUUAUAAUUUUUCAUCCAGAGCAGAAUGUUCAAAAACGCAAGAGGAGCUUCAAAGCUGUGGUGACAGCUGCCACCAUGCAAAGCAAACUGAUCCAAAAAGGAAAUGACAGACCAAACGGCGAGGUGAAAAGCGAACUCUGUGAGAGUCUUGAAACCAACAGUAAGUCAUCCGUAGACUUUCCGAUGGUCAAGAGCGGGAACACUUCCUGAUAGAUCUUCCUCUACCAAGACGACAUAUAUCAGCUACAGCAACCAUUCAAUCUGAAACGGGGAAAUGAUACAAUAUGAAGAAAUGUGGUAUGCGAUCUUAAACAAUGAACGUGACACCACCAACACUCACUCCUGGAGAUCUCUGUAGACUACAAUCAGUCAAAUCAAUAGUCAAUCUUGUAAGGAACAAAAAGUAGCCACAAGCCAAAAAUAUCAAUAACAGGGAGUGAAGAAACCCAUUUUAUAUAAUACAACCAAUGAGUGUCAAGCUAAAGUAUUGCUUACUCACGAGCAGUUAAAAAAAAAAAAAUCACAAAAGGAAAACUAAUGUUAGCUUGUGAAAAAAAAAAUGCUGUUGAAAUAAACCAUGUCUGAUGUUAUUCUUGUAAGUAUUUUUCUGUGAUUGUGAGAACUCCCGUUCCUGUCCCACAUUGUUCAACUUGUAUAAGACAAUGAGUCUGUUUCUUGUAAUGGCUGACCAGAUUGAAGCCCUGGGUUGUGCUAAAAAUAAAUGCAAUGGUUGACGCAUGCAAUUUUUUAUACAAAUAAUUUAUUUCUAAUAAUAAAGGAAUGUUUUGCAAAUGUU